CUCCUUCAAAGGGCUCUAGGCAAGAUACGAUUAUGUCUGUUCAAGAAAUCAACAUACAGUCGCAAGCUUUGCUAAAUGUCAAGGAUUCAAAUAAGGAUGAUAGAGAGAGAAUAAUUGUUCGCAGAUUCAAGUUUGAAGAGUUACGAUUGGAACAAAUACAAGAUCUUGAGAAUGACAUUGCGAAGUAUUUUAGAGAAGAUUUGUAUUGGAGGUUGUUAAACACUGACUUCAAGAAGCAAGUUGAUGGGAUUGAGAUUCUGCAGAAGGCUCUUCCAUCUAUUGGAAAGGAAAUAAUUGAAGUUUUAGACAUUCUCUUGAAGUGGUUUGUUUCGAGAUUCUGUGAAUCCAAUGCAUCGUGUCUAUUAAAGGUGCUAGAAUUUCUUCCUGAGCUUUUCGAGAUGUUGAAGAAUGAGAGCUACUCUAUGACUGUAGCAGUCAAGCAGAGGCAUCUAUUUUUCUUCCUUGCUUGAUCGAGAAGUUGGGACAUAACAUCGAAAAAGUACGAGACAAAAUGAGGGAAUUGAUGAAACAAAUAAUCCUCAUAUACUGUGUAGCAAAGACUUUUCCCUAUAUUUUAGAGGGUUUGCGUUCAAGAAA